AUGAAUGCUCCGAGUGAAGAUCCCGAUGAAAUCUCUGAAGAAGAUCAUUUCUUAGAGAACAUAUAUGGAAUGUCUGUUUGUUUCACCUAUAAAGAUCUUCAAGAAGCAACGAGUGAUUUCACUACAAAGCUAGGUCAUGGCGGAUUCGGUUCAGUCUACCAGGGUGUCCUAAAAGAUGGAACUCAACUCGUGGUCAAGCGACUAGAAGUGCUCGGGCAGGGGAAGAAGGAGUUUCAGGCAGAAGGGAGCAUAAUCGGAAGUAUCCAUCACCACCAUUUGGUAAAACUCAAAGGAUUUUGUUCACAAUCAAAGUAUCGUCUUCUUUAUUUACGAGUAUAUGGAAAACAGAUCAUUAGAUCGAUGAAUUUUUGGCGAGUUUUAGCUCGAUUUUGA